AUGGCGCCGAAUAUCGUCAUGAUGGGCGUAACGCUCGCGAUUGCGAUCGCGACGCGGUCGGUGCUGGACGUUGAGAACGCGCUCCACACGGGCGCUGUGCGGGCCCUGUACGGCCUCUCGCAGCUCUUUUGCUACAGUGUGCUGCUGUAUGUGUACGUAAAGGCGACGAAGAACACAGAGCCGGGCGUGGUGACGGUGAAAGAGGACUUGGGACUUGGACAGACUGGCGAGAAAGUCGAGAAGGUCUCUGUGGCGGAGCACGACCAACGGAUGAUCAGGAAGGACGUGCAGCGUUACGUGCUAGGUACGGUCAUGACUGUGCUGGUGCAUUGGCAGUGGGGAUUCUUUCCGCCGCUUGUGAUCCAAGCGCUCACGCAGCCGUGGAAUCUCUUUCAGUCACCGGUUGUAAAAGUGACGCUGCGUGGACACAAAGCGUGGGGUGAGCUGCGUCGGCCGUGGACGGACCGCAACGAUAUGACCAAAGCGAUCAAUUCGUAUACUGAAACCAUCAUGACGGCGAUGGGUGAGACGCCUGAAAAAGUCAGCAAGAAAGCUAGCAAGAAGGCGGCCAAGCGCAAACACAAGUAG